AUGGAGACUGGAGAGAAUGCAAGGAGGGACUUGAAGGCCGGGAAGAGGUUUCCUCUUUUGCCUUUCCAUCCUUCCGCUUUCCAUUUCCUCGAUCUUGACCUCCCCGGAAGCUGCUUGUCCUAUCUGCAUGGUGUGGGAAGCUUUCCGCGUUUAAUUGCCGACCUCAUUUUGCCCUUGCCUGUUUCAUUUGUUAUCCGUGUGGAAAUCCUUCUUCUGAGGGGUCGGUGUGGGGAUUUUCUAAGAGAUGCCGGCCUAGCUUGUUGCGUGGAUGCUGCACUUGGUCCUCCUGGCUACGCUUUAGCUGGGGAUAGCUCUCUUCUGGCGCCGGUCACAUUUUUUGGCGUACCUCCGGCGACGAGGAACACUACCGCCGAUAACAACACCGUCACCGUUUCCAUGGACGAUUCCCAUUGGUCACCUUCUCUGUCGGCUUCCCUUUACAAGAUCGAUGGGUGGGGUGCUCCAUACUUUUCUGUGAAUUCAUCUGGGAAUAUUUCUGUCCGACCUCAUGGUUCAGGGACCCUUUCUCACCAGGAGAUUGAUUUGCUCAAGAUUGUUAAGAAAGUCUCAGAUCCCAAAUCAUCCGGCGGCCUUGGUAUGCAGCUUCCUCUUGUUGUUCGGUUUCCGGACGUGCUGAAGAACCGGCUUGAAUCCCUUAACUCGGCUUUCGAGUACGCAAUUCAAUCUUUCGGAUAUGAAUCCCAUUACCAAGGUGUUUACCCGGUCAAAUGUAACCAGGACCGGUUCGUUGUGGAAGAUAUUGUUAAGUUUGGAUCUCCAUUCCGGUUUGGGCUAGAGGCAGGAUCGAAACCUGAGCUCCUCCUAGCCAUGAAUUGUUUGUGCACGGGUAAUUCUGAAGCCUUUUUGGUAUGCAAUGGGUUUAAAGACGGUGAAUAUAUUUCUCUGGCUCUGAUUGCAAGGAAGCUCGCCUUGAACACCAUAAUUGUUCUUGAGCAAGAGGAAGAGCUUGACUUGAUCAUUGGGUUGAGCAAGCAGCUUUGCAUUCGACCUGUUAUUGGUGUUCGAGCUAAGCUGAGGACAAAACAUUCUGGUCAUUUUGGUUCAACUUCAGGGGAGAAAGGAAAGUUUGGGCUGACCACAAUCCAGAUUCUGCGUGUAGUCAAAAAGCUGGAACAAGCGGGUAUGCUUGAUUGCCUACAGUUGCUUCAUUUCCAUAUAGGCUCUCAAAUUCCUUCCACCACAUUGCUUGCUGAUGGGGUUGGAGAGGCGGCACAGAUUUAUUGUGAAUUGGUUCGACUAGGUGCUCAUAUGCAAGUAUUCGAUAUUGGAGGUGGUCUGGGCAUAGAUUACGAUGGUUCCAAGUCGGCUGACUCUGAUGUAUCUGUUGGAUAUGGUCUCCAAGAGUACGCUGCGGCAGUUGUUCAAGCACUCCAGUGUGUCUGUGAUCGCAGGUCGGUCAGGCACCCAGUGCUCUGCAGUGAAAGCGGCAGGGCCAUUGUUUCUCAUCACUCUGUUUUUAUUUUUGAAGUGGUUUCUGCAACUUCUUACGAAGUUCCAACGAUGUCCACCCUUGGGUUGCAAUAUUUGGCGGAGAGGCUCUCAGAGGAUGCUCGGGCAGAUUAUAGUAACCUUUCUGCUGCGGCCAUGAGAGGUGAUUAUGAUACCUGCUUGCUGUACGUUGAUCAAUUGAAGCAACGAUGUGUUGAGCAAUUCAAACAGGGUUCUCUAGACAUGGAGCACCUUGCUGCUGUUGAUGGUUUGUGUGACUUGGUGAAUAAGGCAAUGGGUGCAACAGAUCCGGUAAGGACAUACCAUGCCAACAUCUCGAUAUUCACUUCCAUUCCUGAUUUUUGGGCCAUUGGACAACUGUUUCCCAUAGCUCCCAUUCAUCGUCUGGACGAGAAGCCCUCCGCAAGGGGAAUUUUAUCAGAUUUGACCUGUGACAGUGAUGGAAAAAUAGACAAGUUCAUAGGAGGCGAGUCUAGUUUGCCGCUCCAUGAUCUGGAAGGCGAAGGUGGUGCCAAUGGCGGUAAUGUCAGGAAAUACUAUCUGGGAAUGUUCUUAGGUGGGGCUUACGAGGAGGCACUCGGAGGAGUCCAUAAUCUGUUCGGUGGCCCGAGCGUGGUUCGGGUGUCGCAGAGCGACGGUCCAUACAGCUUCGCAGUGACGCGUGCAGUGCCGGGGCCGUCGUGCGCGGAUGUCCUACGGGUGAUGCAACACGAGCCCGAGCUCAUGUUCGAGACUCUGAAGCACCGCGUGCAAGAGAGCUUCGAGCAGCAAAUGGAGGAUGAGGAUGAAGAUAAGAUCCACAAUGCUUCAGCUCUGGCUUCCAGCCUCGCCCGCUCGUUCAACAACAUGCCAUAUCUGGCUGUGGAUUCUUGCUGCUUGACCGCUGCUCGCAACAACAAUAAUGGCUUUUACUACUGCGCUUCUGAUGAUGAUUUCAAUGGCGUUUCUGCUGAUUCUGUGGUCGCAGAUGAUGAGCAGUGGUCCUAUUGCGUUGCUUGAGAUGUGAGUUUGUCCAUUUACGCUUUUGCAUUCCCCUGCCCGCAGUGUGUAUUUUUAAAUUAAUGCUUGUCGUCGUCGAGGUCGUCCGUUAAUGUUUAUUUUGCUUUGUUGCCGGCAUUUUGCUGCUGGUAUUUUUUUUUUUUGGCCUUGUGCUGCUGGUACUGUCAAGUUUAGGAAAAAUGAAGAAAAAGAAAACAAACGGAUUGAAUGUGGGAAGCGUGUAGGGUGUUUGUUCCCUCCAUUCACGUCUGUCUGCUAGAAUUUAUGUUCCAAGUUCCAAGAGUUCCUGAAUUUUGGUGUUUUUGACC